AUGAGCGAGGGGGCUGCCGGCGCCGCGGCGCCCGGGGCGGCGGAGGCGGCGGCGGGGGGCCCGGGCGGGGAUGGGGCCGGGGGGCCGCCGCGAGAGCUGCGCUGCAGCGACUGCAUCGUCUGGAACCGGCAGCAGACGUGGCUGUGCGUGGUGCCCCUCUUCAUAGGCUUCAUCGGCCUGGGGCUCAGCCUCAUGCUGCUCAAGUGGAUCGUUGUGGGGUCCGUGAAGGAGUACGUCCCCACCGAGCUGAUGGACGCCAAGGGCGUGGGGCAGGACCCCUUCUUCCUCUCUAAGCCCACCGCCCCCCCCCGCGGCGCGGAGACCACCGCCGCCGCCACGCCGCGGCCGCCCAGCCGCGUCAGCCCCCGCCUCACCACGAUGAGCCGGGCCCCCCCGAGACCCCCCGGCACCCGCGGCCCGGCGCGGGGCGGCCCCAGACCCACGGUUCCCCGGCAGCCCGCCGCGCCCCACACGGCGCCGCCCGCCAGCGGCCCCCCCGGCACUGCCGGCCGCGCCGGUCGACCGCCGCCCGCUGCCCCCAGCACCCCGCCGCUGCCCGCCUGGCCCACUGCGGCACACGCUACCUCCUCCUACAAGAUCUACGUCCACGACUCGGCGCCCUCCUGGACCUUGUCUCCCUUCCAGGAAUCUACCACUACUACGCCGGAGACCACCACGACCCCCAAAAUCCAUACUACAACGUAUUCCACUGAGCGAUCUGAGCACUUUAAGCCAUGCAAAGACAAGGAUCUUGCAUACUGUCUCAAUGAAGGAGAAUGCUUUGUGAUUGAAACCUUAACAGGAUCACAUAAACACUGCCGGUGCAAAGAGGGCUACCAAGGAGUCCGCUGUGACCAAUUUUUGCCGAAAACCGACUCCAUCUUGUCAGAUCCAACAGACCAUUUAGGAAUUGAAUUCAUGGAGAGCGAAGAAAUUUACCAGCGCCAGGUGCUGUCUAUUUCCUGUAUCGUCUUUGGCAUAGUCGUAGUGGGCAUGCUUUGUGCAGCGUUCUACUUCAAAACAAAGAAACAAACAAAGCAAAUUCAUGAACAGCUGAAAGAAACGCAGAAUAGGAAAACCUACAGCCUAAAUGCUUCUAGCAUGAUGGCAAAGUCAGAGUGUAUGGCACAAAGCCGAGUCCAGCUGCAAAAUUACUCCAAAACAGAUAGGCAUCCUGGGCCUGCUCUGGACAAAGUCAUGGAGUCCAGCUUUUCAGGUCCUCAGUCUUUCCCAGAGGCUUUGUCUCCUGACAGAGGAACUCAGCCCAUCAAGCAGCACAGAAGUCUCUCUUCAUGCUGCAGUCCAGGACAGAAAAGUGGGAUGCUACAUAGAAAUGCCUUUCGGAGGACUCCUCCCUUACCUCGGGGUAGGUUCAAUGGGAUUACAGGACCAGCAUAUCAACAGCUAGAAGAGUCCAGGAUCACAGAGCAGGACACAAUACCUUGUCAUGGGUAUUCAUCUAGUGGUUUAAAAACUUCUCAGAAUACUUCAAUAAAUAUGCAACUGCCUUCAAGAGAGACAACCCCUUAUUUUAAUAACGUGGAUCAGAAGGACUUGGUCGGAUACUCAUCUUCAAGGGCCAACUCAGUUCCCAUCAUCCCAUCUGUGGGCUUGGACGAAGCCUGCAUGCAAAUGCAAAAUGUUUCUGAAGUAACAGGCAUCAAAUGGUGCAAAAACUCCUAUUCAGCUGAACUUGUCAAUGUGAGUUCCCCUGUCAGUAAUUGUCUUAUAGCAGAACAACAUGAAGUGAAAAUAUUGCUAGAAACUGUGCAGGAGCAGAUUCGGAUUCUGACUGAUGCGAGGAGGUCGGAGGACUUCGAACUGACGAGCGUAGACGUGGAGAGCAGCGCGAGCGAGAACACCGCCUUCCUGCCUAUGAGCCCUGUGGCCAAGGCAGAUCGAGAGGCACAAUUUGUCUUAAAAGGUGAAACACAAAGAGACUCAGUGUUGACCAAGUGACUUUGUGUGGGGGUCGCAGGAGGGGGAAUAACAGAUCUGUGCAUUCGAUGCUUUGCUAAACAGGAAAGGAGGAAAUUAAAUACAAAUUAUUUAUAUGCAUUAAUUUAAGAGCAUCUACUUAGAAGAAACCAAAUAGUCAAUCGCCCUCAUAUCAUAGUGUUUUUUAACAAAAUAUUUUUUUAAAGGAAAGAAAUGUUCCGGGAGGGAUAAGGCGUACAUCAGGUGCUUUCUAGGCAGGAUUAUACAUACAGUUUCAGUUCUAGAAUAUUUUAACACUGUCCUGUUUGGCUGUCAGGAGGCUUAGGCUAUGCAUCCUAUUUUCAAUAAAGGCCAAGACCAUUCUAAGAACCAUUCUUGGUUUCAGGGCAGCGCUGCAGUGAAUGCUGGCCAGGGGUGCAAGUUCCAAAACCCUAGCACAGACCCGGUCCCCCCUGCUCUCAGUUCUAGGUUCAUACUGAGGGAGGAAACACAAACGUCCAAUUCUUGGCACUAACUGUGUAAUGACCGUAAAUCCUUAAUUGAGCCAGAUGCUUGACUCUCUACCUUACACGAGUGUGUCAGUCAGCUUGAGAAGUUCAGUGGAAACUUUUAGGAGCUUUGGGUCAGGCCAAGCCUGGAGAGGGGUUGGGGCCUGUGGAGGUGCAGUGGCCCUGUGGCUGCUCCAUCUUCUGAGCUUUGUCUAAAAGAGCUUCUUGGUUGAAAGAAGAAAAAGAAGAACAGAAACUCAAAGUGCAGAAGCACGCACCAUGGCAGGUUAGGGUUGGUUUAGUUUUUAAGAGUGGGAAUGUAAAGUCUGCUGUUCUUUACCGAUCCAUAAGCAUUUCUAAACUGUUAAACUUUGAAGGCAUUUGUAUGCUCUCAAGGAGCACUUCUGAGUGUAUGUGUGUUUUUUUUAACUUAUUUUUAUUAUGGGUUAUUCAGAAAUGAGUCUGGGAGAUCCAAUGUGAUCUGAGGCCAGCCAAUAGGUGUCCAUACUGUCCUCAUUUGAUUCCGCUCUCAGUUCUCUGGUCACUUUAAUGAAUUAUGGCUUUGGCUUGUGAACUUCAAAGCUCCAACCCUGCAGAUAGCUCAGGAUGGGCAUACCUAGGAGCAUGCACGCAGCUGAUUCUGCUGGGGCUGUACGUGAACAGGCAGUUCCAGCAAAUCAAUCCCUGCUGCCUUAGAGAAGGCCUUAGAGAAGAAAUGUCAGUUCCUGAUUACUGUAUCCCAAUCAUAUUAUAGGCUUUUUUUUUUUUUUCAUUUUCUUUCUUUUGAGUCCUUCUUCCUCCCAAUAAAUUGUAACAUAAUAUGCCAAUAAUGCAACGAUUUGGGUUCAGUGGCUCACAUGUUACUGUUUUCAUUGUUAUUAAAAUAUCUGCUUAUUUGUGGGGAAAAAGAAUAUAAACUAUGAUAAAUAAUUACCAAAUAGCCUUCCCUGAUAAUGUCAGAAGAUUGAUUUAAAAAAUUACCGUAUAUACAGAAUGUAUUAAAAUAUUAUUUGCAGCAAAUUAAUUGUUCAACUUAUUAGAUGUGCCCCAGACUUUCCAGUUCACAAGUCUCAAGACUUCCCAAAAUAGCACAGUCGGUCACACAGUGCUGUUGUAUGUUUAGUCAGAAUAAAGCAAUAUUUUAACCUCUGUCAAGUAAAUUUGAAAAAGAAAAUGCUGAAAAUGUAUGUCAUUUAUUUUGUGCCUAGCUGAGGCAUUAAAAAAAAUCCUCUUCACAAAUCUUUAUUCAUCAAGUCUUACUUUGGUUUUCUUGUCUUUUUUCUUUUAAUUUUUUGGGUUUUUUGAUUUUUAUUUUUGUUUGUGUGUGUGUGUGUUGUUUUGGCUCUUUUUUUUUGUUGUUUUGUUUUGUUUUGUUUUGUUUAAGAUGAUGAAAUUGUCUUGUUUACAGAACUUUCUAUGGCUGUAAUCUUUGCUGUGUGUUUUCAAUAAAAGUCUAUUUGAGGGCAAAUUAUGCUUUAUGCCCAGGAUGGAGCAUGCCUCAUUCAGACUCCUUUCUAAAAAGCUGUAGAGCUCUUCUCAUAACAGGAGGAUUAAGCUGUAGGCUGGGAUCCCCACAAGGAGAGGUCCUUCCAUGUCUUGUUUCUGCACUACGCAGUGGCUGUGCACAAUCUCACUGGGCUGAGCUGCCUGUACUGGCAUGGCACAAAACCCGCACCAGACAAACCUCUGGAGGAUGAACCAUGUGCUAAGUGGGGCUCAGCUUCACCUCAGCUCAGCUGUGUGACUUUUCUGUUAAUAGCGUUUGUAUCCUGCCAGUUCAGGACAUAAGCCAAGUGAGCGUGCAUCUACCUGUAAGUGAACACACCUGUAAUUUAAAAAAUGGCUGCUACAUAAAGCUCUGAUUCAAUAAUUUGUGAAGCAUGCUCACAACUGUUUGUUAAUGAAUUGUUAAUUAAUUUUGUUGAGAAAUGGUAUCUGCAGUAAAAUGCAAAAUCUAUCACAAACUGCUCUGUCAACACCAAAUCUUUUCAAUCCAGCUGUAAGGCCUACUUGCCCCCAAAUCCUACCAAACUGUGCAAACUCUCUUCUGGUGAUGUAUUGGAAACACACUGCAGGAUUUCUGUUGAAGAAAGAACUAUAAUCAUAAUAUAGUCAUAAGCAAUGCCUUUAAUUAGAGAAUGUGUUCACUGAACACCCCCAAAAGACCCAGAAAAAGGGCAAGAGCAAUGUACUUUAAUACAAUGAAAUGUUUGACUGAAUGGUUGAUGGAGAUCUGAAAUGGUGAGGAUACCUUCAGUUCAUGUUAGAGAUGCGAUCUUGUAUUCAGCAAAGGAUGUGUGACUGUUAUAUGUUAACUGUUCUAUUCAGUUUUCAGCAUGUUUGAAUAGAGAGACAUUAAUAUUAACCAUAUGACAGACUAGUGUAUUAUUUGUUAAGAGUUAACACUUCAGAUCCUAUUGAAACUGUCAUUGUUUACAGAGGUAAAGAAAAUGAUUUUCAAACAUUGAAACAGGUGAACUUAAAGUGAUUUGUGUGUUUCUCUAAUGCAAUUAUUUUCCCCCGUGGACCCUCCUAUUUUACAGUGAAUGGGACAGCAUUUUCUCUGAGGUCUCGCAAUUAGUUAUGUAGAGGACAGAAAAGAUCCUAUAGAGUUGCACUGAGCCCGCUGAAAUGGUAGGCCAAAUUUUGCUUUGUUUCUGAAUCUAAUGAUCCCAUUGAACUCAGUGGAUCAGAAGGGAUGUGUCAGUGUGCAAACAUAGUUUCUUCCUAAAAUGGCAUCUAUUCCUGCCCUUGGAAAGAGACUGAAAUCUCCUUAAAAGAGGCUCUGAACUCUGAACCUGUAACAUAAUUAAAAUUAACACCACACCUAUGAAGUUUGAGUGUUAUCUGGUAUGAAUAUUCACACGCAAUGUACUACACUCAAGUAAACUGAGAUAACAGCUAGUUAGAUGAAGCUGAACUUUCUCUGAGCUUAAAGGAGAAACUGCAUUUCUUCAGCAUAAUGUUGUGGAGCAGAAUUGGGAGUGCAAUACAUAUCCCUUCUUGUGUUUUUUUUUCAUUUUGUUUCUGAAAAGAAUUUCAGCCCAAACAACCCCAAAAAACAGUAGAAUGUUCCCAAUAUUUGAAGUAGGAUAUGUGGGUGAGUAUGGGCACAUCUCAUGGUGUUAGCCACUAAAAAACUUCAUCCACUAUCCAAAGCUGAAAGUUAAUUCUUGAAGGAUGAUGUUUCAGUGAACAAACAUUGCAGUGAAGAAAGACCUUUUCAACAUGCUUUUGGCAUCUAGUCACCUGCCAGGCUCUCAGCUGAUGUUCUCAGUGCAAUAAUGAUAUACUAACAGAGGAUCACAUCUCGAAUCUUUUCUACUCUAUGUCCAAUAGAGUGUCACAAAUGUUAGUAGUCUAUUGCAAGAUGUAAGGGCCACUACACUGACAUAUGGAGCUAUCUUUAUUCUGCUUAUGAAAAUUAUGCUCAUAGCAGUAUGCAAAGCCCUGUCUAGAAUGCGGUGUGAGGUUCGUUAGAUGAGUGCUUGUGUGUCAGGUCCAUCCUUUUACAAGAGCUGAGUAUCACUGACUGGGCUCCAAAAGCAGUUAGCUUAGCACCACUUAAAGGUGGCUGAUUCAAAUAUUAUUCAUCAAAAUCUUCUGAAGCUUCUUGUUUACGUUUUAUAAAAACAGUGAGACCAUGGCAGGUGCUAACACGUACCUGCUCAUGAAUCAAAAUGUUCAAACAGAUGGUUUACGUCUAUUUAUCUUGUAGGGAGGGACAGAAGUUCCAAUUCCUCUUUCCAAUUCGUGCCCAGCUACCCUCAGUUUACUUAUGGGCAUUACUUGAACUCUUAUAACAAAUUAUGAGAAUAAAUACCAAAGAACUCUGUCAGAGUACUAGCUGCAGCAAAUGAAAUUAAAGCUUGAAGGAGCAGACCCAGAAUAAUUUUUUUUUUUUUUUUUUUUUAUGACAUAAAUACACAUUUCCUUUCAAUGAAGUGUAGUUUCCCUGGAAACUUCUUUUCACUUGGGAAAACAAUGAGUUUAUAUGAAUGCUUUGUUAUCUUGGCAUUAAUUUAAAAUCUCAAGGAGAUUGGGAAAAAGUAAAUACUAUAAAGUGCAACAUAGUUCUGUAUCUUGCUGAAAAUGUAAGAGGGUGCAGACUUUUUUUCCUUUUAUACUGUAUUGUUACUGUAAGUUGACAGUAAGAUUAUGAUCCCUUUGUUCUGGAGUCUAUUCACAUGAAAACAACCAGGAUGCUCAGUUUUCCUGUUUUAGGUUUCUUAGCUCUCCCAAAUCACAAUUAUCAAACUGAAUUUAUUUUAUGUAGCAAAGUUCAUAUAUGAGAUAAAAACUACAUAGCUAUUAUAACUUCAAUCUUACUGUGAAGGAGAAACAGCCAUCCUCAGUGUAUGCUGCACAGCGUAAAGAUGCUUUCCUCUUAAUGGUAAAACUCAUAUAAGCUGUUUAUCUUUGGAAUUGCUUAAAAAAAAACAACUUCAAUUUAUUAAUUGACCACGUUAGUAGUAUUUAAGGAAAGGAUAACUACCAGAAAUUCCUAAACUUUUAGUAAUUUUGUUUUCCAUUAGAACCAAUGUUUUGAUUCAUUGUUACCACUGCACUGAUGGGGUGCUUACUCUUACUUUCUUGAAAAGAUUUAGCUCCAUCCUCUUUGGACAGCAGUCCUAUAAAAAGGGAGUGGUCUCCUGAUAUUCCAUAUAGCUGUUCUUCUGAAACUUUUCCCAAAUGAAAAACAAACUAAAAUCACAGCAGCACAAUCUACAGGUUGGUUGGUUUGGAUUGGGGUUUUGUUUUGUUUCGUUUUGUUUUUCUACAAAGGAACUAUUAUAUUUUAUAGAUAUAAUGAAGAGCUUUUUAUUGAUGACUGAAGAAUGUACAUUAAGUAUAGCAUACAUAUAAGUGGCGUGGAAAUUCUCCAUUUGUAGUAUGUUUUAGUAAGAAAUUCGAAAAGCACCAUAUUCUCUAGCACCACCAGGAGCAGACCCACAUGCAGUUUAUAUUUCUUUUUUACUUAACACUGCCCGUGGUCUGGAACACAUCACUGUGGUGACCAGGUAUCUUGUCCUUUUUCCUUGCUCCUGCAUUGCAAGUACCACUUCUGUGCUGUUUGGUAGCUCAGACAUCACUGGAUUGGCAGCAGUUCAGUAUUUUUAUACAUGUUCAAUUUUACUUUACCCUCAUAAUCAAGAAUAUAACUUGUAACCUGACUUUUGGGACAGUAGGGAGAUCUGAUGAGUAAAUUUAAGAUCCAAACUUUCAAAAUCGCUUAUGCACCCAUUUACCUGCUGUGAGUACUCCUAGAAAGGGAAUUCCAGGAAUCAGGAAUUGUGCAGCACUGUGGGGUGCUUCCUGCCCUUCCCCACAGCUAUCUGUUAUCUGUUCUCAGCAGUUCCAGUCACAGAGCCUGCAGUUCUCUUCAGUUUUCCUUUUCCAUACAUUAAAUCCCACUGC